CUGGCCACGGGAGAGGAAUGGAGAGCGGCAGCCCCAGCCCCGCGCGGAGCCUGGACGCCCGGCUGGGCGUGGACACGCGCCUCUGGGCCAAGGUGCUGUUCACCGCGCUCUACUCGCUCAUCUUCGCGCUGGGCACGGCGGGCAAUGCGCUGUCCGUGCGCGUGGUGCUGAAGGGGCGCCCGGGGCGCCUGCGCUACCACGUGCUCAGCCUGGCGCUGUCGGCGCUGCUGCUGUUGCUGGUCGGUGUGCCCAUGGAGCUCUACAACUUCGUGUGGUCCCACUACCCCUGGGUGUUCGGCGACCUGGGCUGCCGCGCCUACUACUUCGUGCGCGAGCUGUGCACCUGCGCCACGGUGCUCGGCGUGGCCGGCCUGAGCGCCGAGCGCUGCCUGGCCGUGGGCCAGCCCCUGCGCGCCCGCCGCCUGCUGUCGCCGCGCCGCACCCGCCGCCUGCUGUCGCUCGUCUGGGCCGCCUCGCUCGGCCUCGCCCUGCCCAUGGCAGUCAUCAUGGGGCAGAGGCAUGAGCUCGAGAAGGCCGGCGGGGAGCCGGAGCCCGCUUCGCGCGUGUGCACCGCGCUGGUGAGCCGCGCCGCGCUCCAAGUCUUCAUUCAGGUGAACGUGCUGGUGUCUUUCGUGCUGCCCUUGGCAUUAACUGCCUUCCUGAACGGGGUCACUGUGAACCACCUGGUGGCCCUCAGCUCCCAGGUGCCGCCCACUUCUGCCCCCGGCAGCCCCGUCCCCAACCACAUGGAGCUAAUGAUCGAGGAGAGGAGGGCGCUUCCCCAGGAAGGCCACGCUGGCCUCGUGAGACAUAAGGACUCCAGCCGGCUCCGCGGCCUCCAGCACAGCGUCCAGGUUCUCAGAGCCAUCGUGGCCGUCUAUGUCGUCUGCUGGAUGCCGUACCACGCCCGCAGGCUCAUGUACUGCUACGUCUCCGAUGACGGGUGGACUGAAACACUCUAUAGCUUCUAUCACUACUUCUACCUGGUGACAAACACGCUCGUCUACGUCAGUUCAGCGGUGACCCCUGUCCUGUACAACGCUGUGUCCUCCUCCUUCAGAAAGCUUUUUCUGGAAGCCCUAGGCUCCCUGUGUCGGGAACGUCGCGCCAUGAAACCGUGGCCCCCGAAGCCCCGGGGUCCCGCCCGAAUGGACACGGCUACAGGCUCUUAGACAUCCCUCCGACACCCCGAGCUUGAUGAAAGAGGAGAAUGAGCAAAGCAGACAAUGACCGAGUG